UCCAUUAACCUGGACAUCACGGGUUCCCACAUAUCUACUUAUAUAUACGUAUUUAAGGGAGAAAAAGUAUACACUCUUACAACAUAUAUCAAACAUCUGUUAUGAUGAAUCGUUUAUGUAAAUUAGGGUUAAUUACGCUGUGUGUAGUUAUUAUCGUUGAACAUGUUGUGUGCAGGUCAGUUGGAGUUAAGAAACAGGAAUGCUACGGGGAUAUAUGUAAUAAAUGGUCAGAUGAUCAGUUCUGCUCAGACAUAUUUAAAAUGUGCCGGAAUUGUGCGGAAGUUGUGACGGAUUGCGGCACAAAAAAACAACCUCAAGAAUGCUUUCAAUUCUGUGUUUCACAUUACGCAAAGUUGGAACAGGAAAGAGAAAAAAAUUCAACAUGUAGUUUACCAAGACUUGCCAAUGGGAUGGUGAAUACUUCUAAUAUAAACACAAACGGCCGUGUAACUAUCCAUUCGGAUGUAACAUUUAGCUGCCAUAUGGGUUACACAUUAGAAGGGGUCGUCUCAAAAAGGUGCCUUGGUAAUGAUAAUUGGACAGAUGUGGACACUCCUAUCUGUAUUGAUAAUUCAUAUAUAGCUUGGAAGGACUCUGGCAUACCUUUAAUUGUUUCAUGUUCAGCACUCCUUAUUUUGAAUAUCAUCCUUUUGAUAACAUUGGGCAAACGAGAGAAACAAUGUUUGAAGAAAAUUUUAAUGUCAAACUGUAAAAAUGACGGAAGUGAAUUUUAUAAAACAGAUCCUAAUGAAGAACUCGCACUCUUAGACAGGAAAUCAACGGAUGAAAACAAAGAAGCUAAUGCCAUUUCUAAUAAAGAAAACGAAGUUGAAUGUGCCAAAUCACCGAUAAAAACUUCACCACCACCACCACCACCACCACAACAACAACAACAACUACCGUCAUCAUCAUCAUCAACAACAGUGACAACUACAGGAACAUCAUCAUCAACUUCUGCCAGUAUUGACAAAAUACUGAAAUAAAUCCAUGCGUUAAUGGAUGCCAGGCUGUGGGUAACAAUGUAAAUUUUACGCUGGUAAACGUGCUUACCGGUGCGGACCAAAUCAACACAGACACUGGUCUGGAUGAUAAAGAAAAUAAAAAUGCUCAAAAUUCUGAUGGACAAGAAUCAGUGAAAAGUCCAACAAAGGACACUACAGUUACGGAAGAAUCGCAGGAAACUGUUGAAGCGUUUCAAGAAACUCAAGGGACGCGCUUGAGUAAAGCAGCAGAAACAGAAGAAAAUGCCCCUUUAAAUGAUAAUGACUAUGCAAGGCAAGAGCCAAAUUUAGUCGGUUAUAAUGACAGGGCAUUUGUUGCAACUGGGUCACGUUGUAAGACACCCAAUUGUCCUAACGGUUAGGUACUUCAUUUAUAUCUAAGGGUAAAAGUAUUAUAUGUUUAUUUACUUACACAUGUAUCGGAGGGCAUUUUAGAACUUACAUAGCAUACAAAUAAGAGUUUGCAAAAAAUGUCCCGUUAAAUAAGAAUAAUGCUUAUGAUAUACUUUUCUUUCGUUCUUUCUUCCUUUCUUUUUUCUUUCUUCCUUUAUUUAUUUCUUUGUUUGUUUGUUUCUUUAUUUAUUUAUCUGUUUAAAUUUAUUUAUUUGGUAUUAUGUUAAUGUCUUAUUCGUAUAGUGCUUAAAGCCAUGAAUUCAAAAAUCAUAAAUUGCGAAAUUUGUUUUUAACCUUGUAGAAUUCAUUAGAUAUAAAGUUUUUUUUAAUUUUUAAAAUGUACUUAAUGUUAAAACAGGAUACUUGAUUUCUGAUAAUGAUGGGGAAAAACAACCCAAAACUGCGACAUUUGAUCGUAUUAUUUAAGAUGUAUGUUUGUUCAAAAGAGGGAUGUUUAGAAUUAUUGAAUUUUUAUUUUAAAUCUUACUAAAAGAAUAAAGAAAGUUUGUUGAGCAGUGUCAUGUUUUAUAACCAAACAUAAAUCAGGGAUCUUAAAAUCCGUUGUCUUAACAAUCAUUUAAAUGAAAAUAUGAAGUAUGAUUUGCUCAUUGAGUUACUUUAUAUCAAUACUUGUAAGAUUAUUCAUUUCAUACAUCUAUAAUGUUUGUAAAUAAUGUUAAUAUUAUGUUAACAUCCGAAAUAAAUGUUUUCUUUAAAUAUUCGGUUGU